AGCAGCUUCUUACACCAUCCACUUCUCUGACCUCUCUCCACGCUUCACUCCACCAACCAAAUCACAGACCCCACAAACCUCUCCUUAAACCCCCGAACUCCUCUCAGCAAUGCUCGCUUCCUCCUCAGAAAAUCGACACAAGUGGAGGAAGCGAAAGAGGGAGCCCAGGAACCGAAAACCCCAAAACGACGAGGUGGAAGACGAAGAAGAAGACGAUGAAGAGGACAACAUCGAACAACAAGUCGAUGAAGACCCAAAUCAGCUCGGACCGAAUGGUAAUAAACCCUCCGAUCUGGCCCAAGUUGUCCGAGAAAGGGAGGUUUUGUCGGACGGUGGGGUUCGAAUUUCCGAUUUUCCUCGGGUAGUCAAGCACGCAGUGAAUCGGCCCCACUCGUCGGUGCUCAAUAUUGUGGCCAUGGAGAGAGCGAAUCAGUGCGGAGAGAGUAAACCCCAGAAUCAGCAAAGCCGUGUCAUUUUGGAGAAUGUGUCGUACGGGCAGCUACAGGCCUCUUCUGUCGUGCCGGUGGAUAGUCCGGCGUUGUUGGCGGUGGAGGAGAGGGAGGAUGGGGCUAAUUUGGCCCCGUCGUAUGUGAUUCGGCCGCCGGCGAUUAUGGAGGGUUGUGGUGUCGUAAAGAGGUUUGGGAGUAGGGUUCUUAUUGUGCCAAUGCAUGCAGAUUGGUUUUCGCCUACCACGGUGCAUAGAUUAGAGAGACAAGUUGUGCCACAUUUUUUCUCCGGCAAGUCAGUGGAUCAUGUGCCGGAAAAAUACAUGGAAUGUCGGAAUUGUAUUGUUGCCAAGUACAUGGAGAAUCCAGAGAAGAGGCUAUCACUAGCUGAUUGCCAGGGAUUGAUGGUUGGUGUUGAUUUGGAUGACUUAACUCGAAUAGUCCGGUUUCUUGAUCAUUGGGGGAUCAUUAAUUACUGUGCUGCUGCUCGACAUUGUGAGCCCCAAAAUGAUGGGAUGUAUUUAAGUGAGGAUUCAAAUGGCGACCUUCGUGUGCCAGCGGCUGCUUUGAAAUCCAUUGAUAGUUUGAUCCGAUUCGAAAAGCCUAAAUGUAGGCUCAAGGCAGCAGAUGUUUAUCCAGAGUUGAGAUGUAAUGGUGAUCAGGACUCUGACUUGGACAACAGUAUCAGAGAACGAUUAUCCGAGAAUCGGUGCAAUUAUUGUUGUCGGCCUCUUCCCAAUGUCUACUAUCAGUCACAGAAGGAGGUUGAGGUACUCCUAUGCUUGGAUUGCUUCCAUGAGGGGAGAUUUGUCACUGGUCAUUCAAGCCUAGACUUUACAAGGGUCAAUGUCAUGAAAGAUUAUGGAGAUCUGGAUGUAGAAAGUUGGACUGAUCAGGAGACCCUACUGCUUCUUGAGGCUAUGGAACUCCAUAAUGACAACUGGAAUGAAAUUGCAGAGCAUGUUGGCACCAAGUCAAAAGCACAAUGCAUCCUUCAGUUUAUCCGUCUUCCUGCAGAUGAUCCACCUCUGGAAAACAUUGAAAUUUCAAAGACACUAGUCUCAUCAAACUUGUCGAGCAGAGAGGAUUGUGGAAGAGCCCAUUCAAGUUCAAAUGGAGAUCUUGCAGGAUCCAACCUCCAAGACUCUGAUUCUGACAGUAUGGUUCCGUUUGCACAUUGUGGAAAUCCGGUUAUGUCCCUGGUUUCCUUCCUGGCCUCUGCAGUGGGGCCGAGAGUUGCUGCAGCCUGUGCCCAUGCAUGCUUAGCGGUGUUGUCUGAAGCCGAUGGUGUAGCUGCUUCUAGGAAUAAUGCCCAAAUGGAUGGAUCUGGGACGAAUACAGAAAGGAUUCGUGGUAGGGAAGGAGGUCCUCAUGGAGAAAUUACAAACUCAAAUCAGCAAAAAGAAGAAAGCUUGGAAGGCCAACAUGAGGCCAAUGUUGCUCCUUUGUCUACUGAAAAAGUGCAUGCUGCUGUCAAAUCUGGUCUUGCCGCAGCAGCAACAAAGGCAAAGCUGUUUGCAGAUCAUGAGGAACGUGAAAUUCAGAGGCUAUCUGCUAAUAUUAUUAAUCAUCAGCUGAAGAGACUAGAGCUGAAGCUGAAGCAGUUUGCAGAAGUGGAAACUUUGCUAAUGAAAGAAUGUGAACAAGUGGACAGGGCAAGGCAGAGGAUCGCUGCCGAGCGUGCACUUAUUAUUUCAUCCCAUUUUGGACCUGCUGGAGUUACUCGACCUAUGGGUCUACCAGGCAUUGGUCCUGCCAUGAGCCAUAAUAACACUGGAAAUAAUAGGCAACAAGUCGUCUCAGGCUCUCCUUCACAGCCAUUCAUUUCUGGGUAUGGUAAUAACCAACCGAUCCAUCCUCACAUGUCACUCAUGUCUCAGCAGACAAUGUAUGGGCUUGGGCCACGGUUGCCCCUCUCUGCUAUACACCCGUCCUCGUCUACUCCUCCUACUGCUAUGUUCAAUGCUGCAGCAAAUUCCCAGCCUGCUAUCAGUCAUCCAUUGUUGAGAUCUGUAUCUGGGGCCAAAUCUGGUUUAGGUUAA